UCAAAAUGGAACAAUAUUUAAAGACAACGUUUGAUCCAGAAACAAAAAUAUGGAGUGGAAUUAAUAUGAGUCCAAAAUUUGGUCCCGAUUGUUCCAUUGGAAAAGUUGUUCUCGAUGCAUUAUUAAAAGAACCAGAUCACAUAUGUCAGAUUUGUUAUCAUAAUGGAAAACAAUAUACGAAUCGGGAAAUAGUCAAUUUGUCUAUAUGCAUCGCUUUACAUUUCAAAGACUUGGGUUUACAGCAACAGGAUAUUAUUGGCAUUUGUGCUUCAAAUAGUGAUUAUGUGGCACCAGUAUUUAUUGGUGCAAUGUUUUGUGGAUUAAUAGUUAGUACAUUGGAUCCAAGUUUUGAUAAAGAUGGCAUUAAACAUAUUUAUGGUAUAACAAAACCUAAGAUAUUGUUUUGUGAUGGCGGAAUUUAUGAAACACUCAAAGAAGCUUUUCAAGAAAUUAAUCUCGAGUCCGACAUUUAUACCAUCAAAGACCACAUUGUUGGUGUACCAAAUGUAACAAAUUUAUUUAAAGAAGUUACGGAUAAAACAUCAUUUGAACCUGUCACACUAAGAGAUGGUUGUCAUCAGACUGCAGUGAUUGUAUGUUCUUCAGGUACAACUGGUUUACCAAAAGGUGUAUCAAUGUCGCAUAUAAAUAGUUUAAACGCCUCUUCUUCUAUACGAACUCCAGGUGAAAAUAUAAACUUCUCUUAUAGUACACUUUACUGGACUAGCGGGUUAUUUACACAGAUCAAUUGUUUAGUUUGGAAUAUUACACGUGUCAUUAUAGAUAAACCCUAUAAUGCGGAAGAAUUCUUUGAUAUAAUACAAAAAUAUAAAGUAACAUAUAUUAUUACUCCUCCUUCACAAUUAGCCAUGUCAUUAGCAUCGCCUAAACUAGAGGAUUAUGAUUUGUCUAGUCUUAAGACAUAUUUCUGUGGUGGUAGUGCAGUUCCUUAUAAAUUAGUAAAGAAGUUCAUGCCUUAUGUACCCAAUGCAAAAUUUUUCGUUGGCUACGGCAUGACUGAAUGUGGGAGUCCGGUUGCAUAUGGUAUUCCUAAUAGUUGUAAUGGUUGUAUUGGUCAAUUAACACCUCGCACAAAAGUAAAAAUAAUCGAUGAUGAUGGUAAACAACUAGGACCAGGUGAAAUUGGUGAAAUAUGUAUGUGGCCACAAUUUCCAUGGAGUGGAUAUUUUAAUAAUAUGGAAGCCACUAAUUCGAUGUAUAUAAACGGUUGGUUACAUAGUGGAGAUUUGGGUUACAUGGAUGAGAAUGGAAUUUUAUAUAUUGUUGAUCGUAAAAAAGAUAUCUUAAAAUACAAUAAUUUUCACUUUUAUCCAACCGAAAUUGAACAAAUAAUUAUGGAAAUACCUGAUGUUGUUGAAGUUUGUGUUUGUGGUGUACCAGAUAUAGUAUCUUCUCAUUUACCUACUGCAGCUGUAGUUCGAAAACUUGGAAGUGAUCUAACGGAGACAGAAGUAUACGAUUAUGUUGCUGAGAAAAUGGCUCACUUUAAGCAUUUACGAGGUGGUGUUUACUUUACGAAUAGUUUACCCAAAACAGCAUCUGGUAAAUAUUUACGAAGGGAUGUAUUAAAAAUAUGUGAAGAAUUGUAUAAGAACAAACAACUUAACAGAUAAAGUUUAAAGUUUAAUAUGAAUAUUCAUUUUCAAUUUGGAAGUCGAAAGAUGUGAACAAAUUCCUUGAUAAAUACAAACUACAUAUUAUUACUCUUAAUCGAAUUUAAUAGAUACAUUAUACAGAUAUAUAUGAAAUAAUAUUUUUUAUUAGGGUUUUAAUAAAUUAUUUUACGUAUUGCUUCCUUAAUUCUUGUUGAAGCAUAGGGCUAUCAAUUUUUUUUAUAUUUAAUAUACGCAUGUCUUUUUUUAUACUAUAUCUUUUUAUGGAGCUUGUAAUAGUUAACUUUUUCGUCUAUUGGGCUAGAGUUUCGAUGAAGGUUAGAAAAAAGGUACAAAUUAAAAUAAAAUAUCUAGCGUUAGAAACGUUUAAUAAA